CUCAACAAUUAUUAAGCACCUAUUUAUUGUCUGGUGAAGAAGGCAGACUUUCAAGUACAUAAGUUAUUGUGUCAUAAAUGCAAUUAUACAUAUAUAAAUGGAGUUGUUAUGCAGAGCACAAAGAAGCAAUUAUCUGCCAGGAGAGAGACAUGAAUCAAGGAAGGUUUCAAAGAGGGGGUAGGCUGGGUACAGUGGCUCACGCCUAUAAUUCCAGCAGUUUGGAAGGCCCAGGUGGGCAGAUGACCUGAGCCCAGGAGUUCGAGACCAACCUGGGCAACAUGGCGAAACCCUGUCUAUACAAAAUUACAAAAAUUAGCCGGGUGUGGUGCACACCUGUAGUCCCAGUCAUUUGGGAGGUUGAGGUGGGAGGAGAUCCUGCCUCAAAAAAAAUUUAAGAAGUUGGGUUGGGGGGUGAUUCAAGUUCAGUUUUUGAAGAUUAUCUGCCAAGACAAAAGGACCAAAACAUGUACAAAGGCAGGAACGAGGGAACACUGAUGUGAGGGAACUAUGGGAGAGAAGGCUUUAGCUAGAUCACACAGGGCCCUGUGCUCCAAGUGGGCCCUGUGCUUUGGAGCUAUCAGAUUUGCAUGUUAGAGAAAUGACUCUGGUCUCAGGGGAGAGAGUGGACUGAAGAGGGCAAGAAUGGAGGCCGGGAAGAGUAAACAGAAGAAAUCUUGGGCUUUAAUUGGGUCGGAAAGAAAGUGUGGCCCUACCCACUUUGAUGCCAUCUCUAAGACCUACCGCUACCUGACACCCGACCUCUGGAAAGGAGACUGUAUUCACCAAGUCUCCCUAUCAGGAAUUCACUGACCACCUCGUCAAGACCCACACCAGACAGUCUGUGCGCAGAGGAUCCAGGCUCCAGCUGUGGCUACAACAUAGGGUUUUUAUACAAGAAAAAUAAAGUGAAUUAAGCCUGAAAAAAAAAAGGAAAGAAAAGAAAAAGAAAGUGUGGCCCUAGGCCGGGCGCGGUGGCUCACGCUUGUCAUCCCAAUACUUCCGGAGGCUGAGACGGGCGGAUAUCCUGAGUUCAGGAGUCUGAAACCAGCCUGGACAACACGGCGAAACCCGUUCUCCACCAAAAAUACAAAAAGCCGGGCGUGGUGGUGCAUGCGUGUGGUCCCAGCUACUCGGGAGGCUGAGGUAGGAGGAUGGCUUGAGACUGGAAGGCGGAGGCUGCAAACCGAGAUGGAGCCACUGCACUCCAGCCUGGGUGACAGAGUGAGACCCUGUCUUAAAAAAAAAAAAAAAAAGUGUAUCCCUAACAGAGCCCGCAAACGCCCUUUCUCAGCGUCAGCCUCUGGACUUACACUUGGCCGGCCCUGCGCCUCUCCGGGAUCCCCCUCCCUCCUCCUCCCUGGGGCCCCGCGGGCUGGAGGGAGACGCGGGGUGGCCCAGCCUGGGUGGUCUCUUGCCCCGCCCCCUGCGGCGCCGUUACCUAGCAGCGGGCCGGGCCGCGCAGCUAGGGUAAUUUGCCGGCCCCUCAGCCAAUGGGAGGGCGUCGCCCCGGCCAGCUCCCUUUUCUGGAGCUCCAGCCCCCUCCCGGGCACUGCAGUCGCCACCUCGAGCCCCGCUGUGCGUCUCGGGCCAGCAAUUCCGCCUGCGCGCGGGACCCAUUCCUUCUCCAGCCGCCGCGGCCCGCGGCCCACGGCCCACGGAGCGGGUGAACCCCGGCCCCGCGCCCCGGACCCGCAGCUCCCUGCACUCCUCCCUCCCAGCCGCCUUAACACCCGCACCCCACAGUCUCUCCUACGCCCGCGCCUUGGCGGCCCCACUGAAUCCCCACGCGGGGCCCAGCGGUACCGGGAGACCGGGCUAGCCUAUGGGAGCGCCCAGAUAACGCGGGUUGGGGGCGCCCGCGCCCCCCAUCCCCGCCAGCAUGACUCGAUCGCCGCCCCUCAGAGAGCUGCCCCCGAGUUACACACCCCCACCUCGAACCGCAGCACCCCAGGUGAGUAGAGGGGGAGCUGGAAGAAGGAAGAGCAGAGCCAGGUCUGUCCCUCGGGCCUCUGCAAGGUUUGUGAAGUCUUGAAGUGCCGAGUGUCAUUAGAUGUCUGAAGGCAAGUGAGAGCUAGCACGGCAAGCAAUUUGUGCGUGUGUGUCGGUGUGUCUGUGCCUGUGUCUCCUCAUCGUCUGGCCAGUGAGAAUGAAUGUCUGUGGGUUCACCUCUGUGUCCACCCGACGACAGGUGUGUGUACACAUGUAUCCUGCUCUCAGAAAAUGGGCCUAUGCCGGCCGGGCGCGGUGGCUCACGCCUGUAAUCCCAACACUGGGAGGCUGAGGCGGGCAGAUUACCUGAGGUCAGGAGUUCGAGACCAGCCAGGCCAACAUGGUGAAACUCUGUUUCUACUAAAAAUAAAAAAUUAGCAGGGCGUGGUGGCGGGCGCCUGUAGUCCCAACUACUCGGGAGGCUGAGGCAGGAGAAUCUCUUGAACCUGGGAGGCGGAGGUUGCAGUCAGCCGAGAUCACACCACUGCACUCCAGCCAGGGCAACAGAGCGAGACUGCGUCUAAAAAAAAAAAAAAAAGCCGGGCGCAGUGGCUCACGCCUGUAAUCCCAGCACUUUGGGAGGCCGAGACAGGCGGAUCACGAGGUCAGGAGAUCGAGACCAUCCUGGCUAACACGGUGAAACCCCGUCUCUACUAAAAGUACAAAAAAUUAUCCGGGCGUGGUGGCGGGCGCUUAUAAUCCCAGCUACUUGGGAGGCUGAGCCAGGAGAAUGGCGUGAACCCGGGAGGCGGAGCUUGCAGUGAGCAGAGAUCUCGCCACUGCACUCCAGCCUGGGCGACUGAGCGAGACUCCAUCUCAAAAAAAAAAAAAAAAAAAAAAAGAGAGAGAGAGAAAACGAAAAGAAAGGAAAAUAGGCCUAUGCCUUCCUCAGGUGUGUGCUGGGGGUGGUGGGUGUUAUAUCUUCCAAGUUUGGGCCUGUGUCUGUGUUGGUGCUCCCUGUCCCACAUCCAGAAAUCAAGAAACUAGGGCUGGGCAGCAGAUAUACAAGGUGAGAAGGGAAGGAUUUCGUGCAUUGUUGCAGUGAUGCCUGGCUGACCCUUCUCUUUCCAUCCCAGAUCCUAGCUGGGAGCCUGAAGGCUCCACUCUGGCUUCGUGCUUACUUCCAGGGCCUGCUCUUCUCUCUCGGAUGUGGGAUCCAGAGACACUGUGGCAAAGUGCUCUUUCUGGGACUGUUGGCCUUUGGGGCCCUGGCAUUAGGUCUCCGCAUGGCCAUUAUUGAGACAAACUUGGAACAGCUCUGGGUAGAAGUGGGCAGCCGGGUGAGCCAGGAGCUGCAUUACACCAAGGAGAAGCUGGGGGAGGAGGCUGCAUACACCUCUCAGAUGCUGAUACAGACCGCACGCCAGGAGGGAGAGAACAUCCUCACGCCUGAAGCACUUGGCCUCCACCUCCAGGCAGCCCUCACUGCCAGUAAAGUCCAAGUAUCACUCUAUGGGAAGUCCUGGGAUUUGAACAAAAUCUGCUACAAGUCAGGAGUUCCCCUUAUUGAAAAUGGAAUGAUUGAGCGGAUGAUUGAGAAGCUGUUUCCGUGCGUGAUCCUCACCCCCCUCGACUGCUUCUGGGAGGGAGCCAAACUCCAAGGGGGCUCCGCCUACCUGCCCGGCCGCCCGGAUAUCCAGUGGACCAACCUGGAUCCAGAGCAGCUGCUGGAGGAGCUGGGUCCCUUUGCCUCCCUUGAGGGCUUCCGGGAGCUGCUAGACAAGGCACAAGUGGGCCAGGCCUACGUGGGGCGGCCCUGUCUGCACCCUGAUGACCUCCACUGCCCACCUAGUGCUCCCAACCAUCACAGCAGGCAGGCUCCCAAUGUGGCUCAUGAGCUGAGCAGGGGCUGCCAUGGCUUCUCCCACAAAUUCAUGCACUGGCAGGAGGAAUUGCUGCUGGGAGGCAUGGCCAGAGACCCCCAAGGACAGCUGCUGAGGGCAGAGGCCCUGCAGAGCACCUUCUUGCUGAUGAGUCCCCGCCAGCUGUACGAGCAUUUCCGGGGUGACUAUCAGACACAUGACAUUGGCUGGAGUGAGGAGCAGGCCAGCACAGUGCUACAAGCCUGGCAGCGGCGCUUUGUGCAGCUGGCCCAGGAGGCCCUGCCUGAGAACGCUUCCCAGCAGAUCCACGCCUUCACCUCAACCACCCUGGAUGACAUCCUGCACGCGUUCUCUGAAGUCAGUGCUGCCCGUGUGGUGGGAGGCUAUCUGCUCAUGCUGGCCUAUGCCUGUGUGACCAUGCUGCGGUGGGACUGCGCCCAGUCCCAGGGUGCCGUGGGCCUUGCCGGGGUACUGCUGGUGGCCCUGGCCGUGGCCUCAGGCCUUGGGCUCUGUGCCCUGCUCGGCAUCACCUUCAAUGCUGCCACUACCCAGGUGCUGCCCUUCUUGGCUCUGGGAAUCGGCGUGGAUGACGUAUUCCUGCUGGCGCACGCCUUCACAGAGGCUCUGCCUGGCACCCCUCUCCAGGAGCGCAUGGGCGAGUGUCUGCAGCGCACGGGCACCAAUGUCGUACUCACAUCCAUCAACAACGUGGCCGCCUUCCUCAUGGCUGCCCUCGUUCCCAUCCCUGCGCUGCGAGCCUUCUCCCUACAGGCGGCCAUAGUGGUUGGCUGCACCUUUGUAGCCGUGAUGCUUGUCUUCCCAGCCAUCCUCAGCCUGGACCUACGGCGGCGCCACUGCCAGCGCCUUGAUGUGCUCUGCUGCUUCUCCAGUCCCUGCUCUGCUCGGGUGAUUCAGAUCCUGCCCCAGGAGCUGGGGGAUGGGACAGUACCAGUGGGCGUUGCCCACCUCACUGCCACAGUUCAAGCCUUUACCCACUGUGAAGCCAGCAGCCAGCAUGUAGUCACCAUCCUGCCUCCCCAAGCCCACCUGGUGCCCCCACCUUCUGACCCACUGGGCUCUGAGCUCUUCAGCCCUGGAGGGUCCACACGGGACCUUCUAGGCCAGGAGGGGGAGACAAGGCAGAAGGCAGCCUGCAAGUCUCUGCCCUGUGCCCGCUGGAAUCUUGCCCAUUUCGCCCGCUAUCAGUUUGCCCCCUUGCUGCUCCAGUCACAUGCCAAGGCCAUCGUGCUGGUGCUCUUUGGCGCUCUUCUGGGCCUGAGCCUCUACGGAGCCACCUUGGUGCAAGACGGCCUGGCCCUGACGGAUGUGGUGCCUCGGGGCACCAAGGAGCAUGCCUUCCUGAGCGCCCAGCUCAGGUACUUCUCCCUGUACGAGGUGGCCCUGGUGACCCAGGGUGGCUUUGACUACGCCCACUCCCAACGCGCCCUCUUUGAUCUGCACCAGCGCUUCAGUUCCCUCAAGGCGGUGCUGCCCCCACCGGCCACCCAGGCACCCCGCACCUGGCUGCACUACUACCGCAACUGGUUACAGGGAAUCCAGGCUGCCUUUGACCAGGACUGGGCUUCUGGGCGCAUCACCCGCCACUCGUACCGCAAUGGCUCUGAGGAUGGGGCCCUGGCCUACAAGCUGCUCAUCCAGACCGGAGAUGCCCAGGAGCCUCUGGAUUUCAGCCAGCUGACCACAAGGAAGCUGGUGGACAGGGAGGGACUGAUUCCACCCGAGCUCUUCUACAUGGGGCUGACCGUGUGGGUGAGCAGUGACCCCCUGGGUCUGGCAGCCUCACAGGCCAACUUCUACCCCCCACCUCCUGAAUGGCUGCACGACAAAUACGACACCACAGGGGAGAACCUUCGCAUCCCGCCAGCUCAACCCUUGGAGUUUGCCCAGUUCCCCUUCCUGCUGCGUGGCCUCCAGAAGACUGCAGACUUUGUGGAGGCUAUCGAGGGGGCCCGGGCAGCAUGCGCAGAGGCCGGCCAGGCUGGGGUGCACGCCUACCCCAGCGGCUCCCCCUUCCUCUUCUGGGAGCAGUAUCUAGGCCUGCGGCGCUGCUUCCUGCUGGCUGUCUGCAUCCUGCUGGUGUGCACUUUCCUCGUCUGUGCCCUGCUGCUCCUCAACCCCUGGACGGCUGGCCUCAUAGGCUUCCUGACCACCCAGGGCAGCCGGAACCUGCGGGCCGCCCGUGCCCUUGAGCACACAUUUGCCCCCGUGACUGAUGGGGCCAUCUCCACAUUGCUGGGUCUGCUCAUGCUUGCUGGUUCCCACUUUGACUUCAUUGUAAGGUACUUCUUUGCGGCGCUGACAGUGCUCACGCUCCUGGGCCUCCUCCACGGACUCGUGCUGCUGCCUGUGCUGCUGUCCAUCCUGGGACCGCCGCCAGAGGUGAUACAGAUGUACAAGGAAAGCCCAGAGGUCCUGAGUCCACCAGCUCCACAGGGAGGCGGGCUUAGGUGGGGGGCAUCCCCCUCCCUGCCCCAGAGCUUUGCCAGAGUGACUACCUCCAUGACCGUGGCCAUCCACCCACCCCCCCUGCCUGGUGCCUACGUCCAUCCAGCCUCUGAUGAGCCCCCUUGGUCCCCUGCUGCCACCAGUUCUGGCAACCUCAGUUCCAGGGGACCAGGUCCAGCUACUGGGUGAAAGAGCAGCUGAAGCACAGAGACCAUGUGUGGGCCGCGUGGGGUCGCUGGGAAGCACUGGGUCAGGUGUUAGAUGCAGGAUGGACCCCUGGAGGGCCCUGCUGCUGCUGCACCCCCUCUCCUGACCCAGCUGUCAUGGGCCUCCCUGAUAUCCAUACAGAACAGCCACCGAUUUGCACACCCAGGCCUGUGUGAGCCUAUAUCUGUGUCACUUGAGAGUGAAAGCCGGCACGUGGGGCUGCAGUGCAGCCCUGUCCCCCUUCCCAUCCCACACCGCUGCCUGCCCAGCUGACCAAGCCCGAGGGACCCCCCAGCACCCUUCCUCAGUCCAGGCCCCGCCGCCUUGUGACUCCUGGGCAGGCUCUCCAUAUCCCUGCCCACCUCCUACCACAUCCAUUAUUUAUAUGAAAAUGUCUAUUUUUGUAGUAUACAUAGAUGUUAGCUAUGAUGAAAGUUUUAUUUUUUAAAGAAUGAAAUAUAUUCUAUGUGAACUAA